UUUAGUCCCCACAUUUGUCACCGGAUUAAAAUUCCCAAAGGCAAAAGAUCCUUCACACCAAACAUCCUUCACAACUGAAAAUCUCCGCUAGAACUCGAUUUUGCUUCAAUUUUCUGAACGUAGAUAGAUAUAUACAAUACAUCUCUUAUUCACCUACAACAUCCAUCCAUGGAGAGCUUGAAUUUGAUUUCCUUGCGAGCAACUUCGCCUACUCCAAGAGCAACGGCUGGCUUCUCUUUUCGGCAAUCACUCAAUCCCAUUCCCAAAAAUUCUUCAAUUUUCAGGCUUAUGCCGCAGGCCCACAAGAAUAAUCAGUCAUUUUUGGGGAAAAUUUCAUUUCCCGCCAUUAAAUCUCAACAGUUCGAGGUGAAAGAUGGCUCGUCAACUGCAUCCGAAACUAGCGCUCCUGAAGUAGAUGCUCUCAAAACAAAAGAGUGGGAGGUUGGGAUGUACCAAGACGAAGUUGCUGCGAGUCAAGGUAUUAAAAUUAGGAGGCGGCCAUCAUCUGGACCUCCGCAACAUUAUGUUGGUCCUUUCGAGUUUCGCUUGCAGAAUGAAGGAAACACUCCCCGCAAUAUUCUUGAAGAGAUCGUGUGGAAUAAGGACGUUGAAGUCACUCAGAUGAAAGAGAAGAAGCCGUAUGCGGUGCUGAAGAAACUGCUGGAUAAAGCACCACCAGCUAGAGAUUUUAUUGGAGCUCUGAAAGCGGCGAAUGCAAGGACUGGUUUUCCUGGCUUAAUUGCUGAAGUGAAGAAGGCUUCUCCGAGCAGAGGAAUUCUGAGAGAGAAUUUCGAUCCUGUUCAGAUUGCUAAAGCCUAUGAAAAAGGUGGAGCAGCUUGCCUUAGUGUUUUGACCGACGCGAAGUACUUCCAAGGAGGCUUUGAGAAUUUAGAGCUCAUUCGGAAUUCUGGAGUACAGUGCCCUCUGUUGUGUAAAGAAUUUGUGAUAGAUGCAUGGCAAAUCUACUAUGCUCGGGUAAAAGGUGCAGACGCAAUUCUUCUGAUUGCUGCAGUCUUGCCUGAUCUGGAUCUCAAGUACAUGACUAAGAUUUGCAAACUGUUCGGGAUGACAGCAUUGGUUGAGGUACACGAUGAGAGAGAGUUCGAUCGUGUCUUAGCGAUUGAGGGGAUCGAACUUAUUGGCAUUAAUAAUCGUAACCUAGAAACAUUUGAGCUUGACAUCGCCAAUACCAAAAAGCUUCUUGAAGGCGAGCGGGGACAAAAGAUAAUCGAGAAAGGAAUUACGGUUGUUGGAGAGUCUGGACUUUUCACACCUGCAGAUAUUGCUUAUGUCCAAGAAGCCGGUGUUAAAGCAGUGCUGGUGGGCGAGUCGCUUGUUAAGCAGGAAGAUCCUACUGCUGGAAUAGCUCAACUUUUUGGUAAAGAUAUUUCUCUGUGAUGUUCAUUGACAUCCACUUUUUCGGCGUGGCAUGGCGACUACUCUUGGCAGCGUUGUCUGAUUAUUUUCGUCGAAACUGUAGUAAAAGAUGGAACAGAUAGUGGCAAGUUUGCUGCACAACAGUUCUGUAGUUGCAUGGAACACAUUUUUAUCUAUAUUUAAUAAGAGAUUUCCCUUUUCUUGUCAA